CGGCGCUCCGCCGCACCCUCCUCGUUCGCUUCCCGUCGGGGUCGUGGGGCCGGGGGGCAGGGCGCUAGCGGUUGAGUGUGAGAUGCCAAGGAGACAUCUGCCCUGAGACGUCCAGGAGGCAUUUGAGAGGGUAGCCCGGUGCCUUCAUAAUGUUUGGGGACCUGUUUGAAGAGGACUUUCCCUACAUCCCAGAGAAUCACCUCGAGAAAGGAAGGAAAUCCAAGUGCACGGAGCCUGAGCCGCCACCCCCCCGGGGCAUCACCAACCUGAGUGGCAUCCAGAACCAGGGCGGGACUUGCUACCUCAACUCGCUGCUGCAGACUCUCCAUUUCACCCCAGAAUUCCGAGAAGCUUUGUUUGCUCUGGACCCAGAAGAGCUCGGAUCCUUAGAGGACAAGGAUGACCCCGAUGCGAAGGUGCGGGUCAUCCCUUUGCAGUUACAACGGUUGUUUGCCCAGCUCCUUCUCUCAGACCAGCAGGCGGUGUCCACCACUGACCUCACCAACAGCUUUGGCUGGAACAACAGCGAGGAGAUGAGGCAGCAUGAUGUCCAGGAACUGAACCGAAUUCUCUUCAGUGCGCUGGAGAGCUCCCUGGUGGGCACCUCUGGCCACGACCUCAUUAACCGCCUCUACCACGGCACCAUCGUGAACCACAUCAUGUGCAAGGAGUGUGAGAACGUCAGUGAGCGGCAGGAGGACUUCUUGGACUUGACGGUUGCCGUCAAAAACCUGUCUGGCCUCGAGGAAGCUCUUUGGAGCGCAUACGUGGACGAGGAAUUCUUCGAUGCAGAGAACCUGUAUCACUGUGGAACGUGCAACAGGCUCGUCAGUGCCACCAAGUCAGCCCGGCUGCGGAAGCUGCCUCCUUUUCUGACAAUUUCGUUGCUGAGAUUUAAUUUUGAUUUUGCCAAGUGUGAGCGCUACAAGGAGACGGGCUGCUACACGUUCCCUCUGCGGAUGGACCUGAAGCCCUUCUGUGAGCAGACUGAGUUGGAUGACUCAGAGUAUGUGUAUGACCUCUUCUCUGUUAUUAUACACAAAGGCGGCUGCUAUGGAGGACAUUACCACGUGUAUAUUAAAGAUGUUGACCAGUUGGGAAACUGGCAGUUUGAGGAAGACGAGUCUGAGUCAGUUGCAAAGGCCGAGAGUUUGAAGGACCUUCCGCGUGUACAAGAAACCGACAAUCCAUUGACGGUCCUCAAAAAUAUCUUGUCACAGGAGGAAAAUAAGCUGAUUCCUGUGGACCAGCUGGGUCAGAAGCUCUUGGCCAGCAUAGAAAUAUCCUGGAACAAGAAGUAUCGGAAGCAGCAUGGGUCCCUGCUGAAGUUUUUGCACGCCCAUUCUGAUGUGUUUCUCCUCAGCUCCAAUCCCAGCAAGGUCUGUCUAAGGAGGGAUGUCAGCCCUCCACAGCUGCCCUUGACUGAGCAUAAACAGCCUGGCCCUGAUGCCCCUUCUCACGGCGAGGGCCUCGUGGCUUCUGGAGCAGAGCCUGCUGGGGAUCUGUGGCCGGAGGUCAGCGCUGAAGGCCCUCAUUGGUUUGACAUAAAUGAUUCUCAAGUGGAACCCAUCCGGGAAGCGGACAUUGAGAAGCAAUUCCAGGGAAAAGAGAGUGCCUACAUGUUGUUUUACCGAAAGAUGCAGCUGCAGAGGCCUCCAGAAGCUCAGUCCAACCCACAGUACAAGGUUCCAGGUCACCUGCUGAGGGAGGUGCAUGAGGCCAACAGGGAGCUGCAGAAGAGGAGGACAGACUAUGACUCAGUGGUCAACACCCUCGACCUGCAUCUCCACCUGGGCCCUUGCUAUGAAUUUUAUGAUGGCGCCCUGCACCCUUCUUCUUCCGUAACAGAAGAUUGCAUGUUGGACUUGACCAUUGAUAAACGGAAAACUGUAGGUGAUCUUCGGCAGUCGGUAUUUCAGCUCCUGGAAUUCUGGGAAGGGGAUCUGGUGCUCAGCCUUGCCAAGCUCGUGCCUGCGGGACUCCAUGUUUGCCAAGCCCUCGAAGGAGAUGGACUGACAUUGCAUGAAAUUGAAAUGACCGAUGGGGAAGACAUCUUUGUGUGGAAUGGGAUGGAGGUUGGUGGGGUCAAGAUUCCAGUCGGUGAGGACGCUCUUCCCAUCCUUUUGAAUAUCCUUCAGCUGACAAAUAGCAGUGAUGGAGAAAACGGGCAGCCAUUUGAAGAACUCCACCAUGUGUUUCCCUCAAAUGCUGAAGUUGGCUCCAUAUUCACGGCCUUAGCAUCCCCUGUUGGCAUCCUCCUGGUGAACAUUACAGGCUCUCGCAUUCUCGAGUUAGAGAACUGGACAGUCAUUCCCAGGGAGAACUUUGGAAAGACAUUCAGAGAGCAAGGCCUUCAAGACGGCAGCUGCGUGUGGAUAUUAAGCUCCAGCAGCUAUGACCAAAGCUUGAUGCUGACCGGAAGCAGAUGGGCGAGCCCUCUGAGCAACUUCAACUGGAUGCACGUUAAGAAUCUGUGUCAAGCAGAUUCCGAGGAGGAGCACGUGAAAGUUUCGGCGACUACUGAAACAAUGCUGUUGGACAUUCGAAUCAAAGCUGUCAAGGAGCUGGGGUUGCAGGAGGAACUGGUUAAUAACAGCUGCCUGAGGCUGAUCGAUCGAAAUGGGCAGCUGCUUUCUCCAGUGCCAGAACAUUACACUGUGGCCGAAGCAGAGAUGGAGAUGGGCAGUUUGCUGGGACUGUGUCGUGGCAAAGCUCCGACCUCCUCCCAGCUCUUCCUGUUUUUCAUCGUGGGCAGUGACUUCGAGUCCAGCCUGACGAUGGAGAUCAUCGUGGAGUCGACGAUCUCUGUGAGCGAAUGUUUGAAGAAGAUGCUGGAGAAAGCUGGUCUGCAAGGUGACGCGUGGCAUUUGCGCAAAAUGGAUUGGUGCUUUGAAGCUGGAGAACCUUUAAAUGAGGAAAAUGCUUCCCUGAGCGAGCUGAUGAUCAGCAGCGGGGAUACUCUGGUCUUAUCUGAAGGGAAGCUUCCACCCAAGGGUUUCCUCAAAGUGCCUGUCUGGUGGUACCAUCCAUCAGCACCCGCUGGAUGGCAGGAGAACCCUGAGGACUACAUUAGCCACAUCACCCACCAAGUGGAGGCUUUGAGAACCACCCCUGAAGGAGGCGAUCCGCACAGAGAUGUUCCAGACAUCGUCCAGCCCGAAAUGCCCUUUACUUUUGCGGGGGACGUGGAAAUCUCCGAAGAGGCUUCCGUGGCGGAUCUCAAGAGUCAGGUCAUGAGCUUGCCGUCUUUCCUGGACUUUGGUUUCCCAUCUGCUGACUUUCUCAGAGCCUGGACCAUGGAGAGUAAGCGUCCAGGCAGGCUUUUACGGAACAACCAGCAACAACUCAAGGAGUAUAAAGUAGGAGGGAGAACUCAGAUAUGCAUAGAGCCUCUUCAGGAACGAGAGACCUUGGGCCCCAAGGACAUGCUGCUACGGACCCAGAUGGGCAUCCCUGGGGAGCGGGCCUACUACCCCACCGUGGACUUUGUGUGGGACAUCCUGAAGGAGUGCACGGCUGUGUCCCUGCGGCAGGGUGUGGCUGCCCACUACUGCCUCCCUGUGGACGGCAUUGAGAUCGCCAAGUACUUUCCUGAGAAGUUUGAGUGGAUGCCCAUCUCUAGUUGGGACCUGCAGGUUUCCAAGAGGAAAAAGAAGAAGAAGCAGGAGAAUUUGCAGAUGGCGCCUUAUUACCUGAAAGAUGGAGAUAUUAUUGGUGUGAAGAACCUCUUGGUGGAUGGCAAUAGAGACUUCAGUACCCUGAGAGAUGAUGUUGGCAGAGAGAAUCAGACCAAGCUGUUUGGGGGAAAGAGGAGAAGGCGCCAAGCUGUCCAGCUGCAGAGAAGUGGAACUGAGGUAGAAACACACGUGCCUGAGAAGCCACACAGACCAGAAACGGGGCUUUCCAUCAACGUGGGCGUUUUUAGAUAGCACCGGAUUGGGGCUUUGCGAGAGGCCAGCUGUGACCCACCCACCGACUGAGUCCCGCGAUUCGGUGUUCGGUUCGAGUGGGAAGGAGGGAGGGAGGGAGGGCUUGUGAGUGUGGGACCAGGAGGCAUCGCGGGAAGCCUGGCAGGGGACCCCCGCCCUGUGUUCAUCGACCCAGGACUCCUAACCGAGUCAGCUCUGGGCACAGAAAUGAUCAGUCCAUUCAGGGAAACCAGUGGCACGACUUUAUCUCUCUGAGGAUAGAGCUGGCCAUCAGUGUAGACAGACCCAAGCCCCUGAAGCUGCUCUUGGCCCCCAGGCCUGAGAGCGUUCUCUGCCUCAGGCAAGGUGAAUGCACUUUAUAUCCACUGUGUGCAGACGUCCCAUUUGGUGACCUUCUCUCUGAGGGCCUGUGAGGCGAGUGAGACCUUGCAGUGCUCUUUGGAGAGAGAACGUUUGGGACGUUGGCGGUCUUCACUUCUGGAGUGAAGGCUGGUGGUCGAUAGAGACCUCCCUCAUCUCAUGGCUCCUUGGUCCUGUUCCCGGAGUCUCUCCAGACUUUCUGGGCCACUCCCUUAAGCUCGGUUCCAGCGCAGAGAGCAGUAGCAGCAGCAGCCCUGACCGACUGCUGCCAAACACGGAUUUUGUCUGUACUUCAUACUGUCCGUUGGUCUGUUUUUCCUAUAAUAUUUCUUUUAUACAUCAAAUGGUUUCCUUUUGAAAUUAGUUUAAUCCAUUGUCUUAGAGCCCUGAUACUGUGGUCCCUGACACAUAAAAGAUAGAGCUAGACAGGAGUCAUCGCGUGGAGAAUGCAGUGGGGGCUAGAAGUGACACCCCCUGUGUUCCAUAGCGGGGCUUUCCAUGUAGCAAUCUGGGGGUGGGAUUUGGAAGAAAUGGUUCCCACUUUUCUGAUAUUCUAAAUGCCUCAGUCUCCCUGGUUAUCCUCCAUUCUCGCCGUUUUGGAAAAUUCAGAUAAGCCUGUUGUUUGGUUCAUUUUCUCAGCUAGUAUUAGUUUGACAUUCACUGUUCUCCUUGGCCGAGUUUUGACAUUCUUCUGUGCUGAAGACUGGGAAAUAAAGAGUGUAUGAAAUAAGCCUGGUGUUUUCUUGGUAUUGUGAAGACUGCUGGCAUCCAUUGAGCCGGAUAAAGUCAAUGGCCCUAUAAACCACAAGGUGUAGACCCUUUCCCGGGAUGAUGCCGAUGGGACGAUUCCAAGGGCGUGUCACCCCUGACGUCCGUGAUCACACUCGUAAAACCAGUAGCGUGGCGGCAGGAUUCUCAGCCCCGUCUGCUUCAUAGAUGUCUUUCAGGGCUUCUUUUGGGAGAGGAUCUAAAUCGUAAAAAAUAAGGGAUGGGAAUGACGUGUGCGACUCUAAGGGAAGCAUUGCUGAUCAGCUAGCAGCAUAGGAGCCAUAGAUGGACGGACGAGCCCUGUAUCCUGUAUGGAACUGGAGAGGAGCCCCUUCCUUUCCCUGCCUGCCCAUCCCUCAACCCCGCGAAAAUCGGGACUGUCUGUCCUUUAGGAAUUCUGGCUGACGUGGGAAUGUGGUCCCUUUGUACUUGCAGCGAUUGCUCAGCAAGAGGUCGGCUCAGCUCUCCACCUUGCCAUCAAACCACACGUGGUCCCUUUGGCCGGAAGGAUGGACCUCAAGCAUUCUGGAAACCUCUGGGAUUGGAAACGAGCAUUGGGAUUUCCUGAUUAGGGAAUGACAAAGUCCCUUUGCAUUGUCUAGCUUUUCCGUUGUGUGGCCUUUACGUCCAGUGCCGUGUGAUAGCUGUGCCCUGAAUUGCCAGCCAUGUCUUCUUUGUGUGAUACGAUCUGCUGAUGAGAAGCCCGAGAUCUUGCCGCUUUUUCUUCCCCCCGUGUGCCAUGAUUGGGAUUUAGGAUGUGCCUGCAAGGCGUAAGGUAGCAUUUGCUGCCCUGACUGGUCGGAGCUGGCUUUCUUUUGGGGCAGUGAGUGGUGUGUCAUGGGGGACUUUCCUUUUGUGAAAAGUCAUCAUGGAAGAGCCAAAAAAAUGCUGCUUUUCAGGGGGAAAUAGAGCACUUCAAAAUCUGCGGCCUUGGUUUUCCAUUGACUGAAGGGAAGGAAGCUUUGUGAUAUGUACUUUGGAAACUAAAUAAAAAUGGCUUAUGUGAAGAAA